CCCGCUCUGACUGGGUUCGGUCUCCAGGGUGCUUCGUUUCGAGGGAAGUAAACGUGUUAGAAGAAUAUUUAAGUCUGCGUUGGCGAGCUGUCUGUCUUCUCUCACAGGACCUAGAGAUUGAAAUGAACAACCUCAUCAUCUUCUCGUGUCUUCUCGCCGUGGCGUUUUCAGCCACUGACUCCCCCGUUGUAGCUGCCCUUAAAAGAGCGUUUUCCUCCGUCGACACCGACAAAGACAAUCACCUCUCAGAAUCGGAAUUUGAAGCCAUAUAUGACCUUUACGAUAAGAAUGGUGACGGUCACUUGAGGUUGGCUGAGUACCUUGCGGCAUCCGGAGUCCCCCAGGCUUCAGCUAAAGACAACUUUGACUACUACGAUACCAACAAGGAUGGCGAUAUCACGAAAGCUGACGUGAAGAGAAUAUUCUCAGACUACGAUGGAAAUGGGGAUGACAAAGUGACUUUCGGCGAGUUUGAGCAUCACUAUGCAUUGGUCGAGAAAGCCAUCGCUGGUGCUGGAACUGGCGUUGGGAAGUAACUGGCUCACCACCCACCUUACAAGAUUGUUACGUCGCUGUUAUCAGUUUGUACUGUACACAAUAGAUACUUUUCACUAAA